AUGGCCCCUAGCACAGACGUAUCGCAGGACAACCAUGUGUUGGAAAGCAGUGCCAUGACAACGAGCCAACAUAUCGACACGAGUGCAUUGCGUUCACUUCAUUAUCUUAGGCUUGGAAAAGUUGAUGAUUUCUUAUCUGAAGACAAAGAAUUGAGCUCCAAUGAUGAAGGUGACUUUAUUCAGUUUGGCGACGAUGACUCGUGUAGCGAGAAUGACGAGUCUUCGGACCAAAGUGAGACCCGUGAUGAUGGUGACGAGGAACACAGUAGUGAUUCCCAGCUAUUUUCGAUGACACAUGACCGGUCGGGCGAUCAAAAGAUGCGUGUCUUGUACAUUCAAAUGGAAUAUGUCGAGAACCAGACACUUGGUGAUGCAAUUGAACAUGGCCUAAGUGUAGAUCAAGCCUGGCAUAUCUUCCGGCAAAUGCUCGAAGCGCUUGCGCACAUCGCAUCACUGGGUAUCAUUCAUCGAGAUUUAAAGCCGAGCAAUGUGCUGAUGGAUGCGCAUGGUGAUAUCAAAAUCGGUGAUUUUGGCCUGGCCACCACCAAUUUCCAUACGAUGGAGCCUGGCCAGCGUGAAUCCAUUCUGCAAGGUGACUCGAAAGAGCUCACUUCAGGUCUCGGCACGUUCCUGUACAUUGCACCUGAAGUCCUCGCGAAAAGGAGCAUCGGCGCGCGCUAUAAUCAAAAGGUCGACAUGUUUUCUCUUGGCAUCAUCUUUUUCGAAAUGCUAGCAUCACAGCGCUGCUACAAAACCACCAUGGAGCGGUACCAGCUGCUCGGAGACCUACGCCGGCCGUCGAUUCAGUUUCCCUUGUCUUGGGACAAAACUCGCUUCUCUGCACAGACAGACAUCAUUCGUAUGCUCCUUGACCAUGAUCCAGCGCAGCGCCCAACGCCCAUGGCCAUGCUUCGGUCUCCGCUCCUACCACCCAAGAUGGAGAAUGAAUUUGUCCAGGAAUUGGUUCGCUUAGCGGCGAAUCCAACGAGUGUGCACCGGCACGAGCUGAUCCAUGCACUUUUCUCACGCCCACAAAAUGACGUGCUACGUGACUACACGUUCGACACAGGUGCACAGGGCGAUGAAGAUGAUGUGCUUGUUGGUGUGGUGUGUCGCACCCUGCGUGAAAUAUUCCAAUGCCGUGGCGCUGUGCCUGUGCAUCCACCACUUCUGUUUCCACCUAGUGAUGUGUACAGUACAGAGCCAAACAUGGUAAGUCUGCUUGACAAGACAGGGAAUGUCGUUUUUCUUCCAUUCGACCUUACUGUGCCUUUUGCACGCAUCUGUGCCCGAAGCGGACACACGCGAUUUAAACGCUUCGAUAUUUCUGAUGUGUACCGUGAAAACUUGUUGGCCGGCGGGCAGCCACGAGCCGUGCUUGCCGCUAGCUACGAUAUUAUCUCACAGGAGGCAGACCCGGCUUCGGAAGCCGAGAUCCUGGCACUCAUGGAUGAGCUGCUGUCAAUUCCUGGUCUCGCUGGCGAGACUUGGACAGUGGAGCUUAGUCAUGAGAUGAUCUUGCGUACGUUUUUGGAGCGCUUUCCAUCACGCUUCCAUGCUGUGCUGUUGGAAGCGCUUCCAAGCUACCUUGCUCGUGGCUCCGAUGUGCGUGUGCGUCAGCAGCUUAGUUCGGCGGGACUGCCAGCCACACUUUUGGAUGAGAUCGAUGCGUGGAAUCUUCGUGGCGAUUUCGAUCCUACCGUUCAUCAGCUUAUGAGCCUUUUGACGCCUGUAGAACGUGCAAGACUCGCUGAGCCACUGGCGUAUCUCUCGCAAGUGACGCGACUUGCGCGGCAGUUUGGCAUGCAUCAUCCAUUAUGUCUCGUGCCUCUAUUUUCUCAUACCCACAAGCAUUACCGAAACGGCACAAUGAUGGCUGUGACAAAAAUGAUGAAUGGCGGCAAGCACCGCGAUAUUCUUGCUGUUGGCGGGAGAUACGACGAACUCCUCCGCUGCUUUGCCUAUCCACAAACAACGCAUACACCUGAGGAGCAACAUGCAGUUGGUUUGCAGAUUGCGGUGGGGAAAAUGGUGAAAGCAGUCGCUCGAUAUCAGAAAGUUUAUGUGCCGCGUUUUCUGGGUCGUCCCGAGCAGGAGCGGACGCUUGGUCCGUGGACGCCUCGGCGGUGUGAAUGUUACAUUGCGUCGAGUCAGCCUGGGCUUUUAGAUGCGAAGAUCCAGGUGUGCACAACGUUGUGGGCAAGUGGGAUCAGUGCGGAUUUGCAAUAUGAAUGCGGGGCAGGUGAAUCGCCUGAGAUUACAGCGUCAACAUGCCGUGCAGAGGGAAUCUUGUUUCUUGUCCUUGUCCGGAUGCACACGUCCGUCCUUAAAGUAAAAGAGGUCAUCACGCGCACAGAACACGAGGUGGCCCGAGAUGAACUCACCGUGUUUCUGCACGACCGCAUCGCCCGUCAACGGCGCAUUGAUCAGACAUCUGUCGGCCCUCGACCUCGAGAGACAGACACAACUAAGCCAAGCUCAUCAACGAAAGGUCCUGCAUCACUUGCACCCGCGUCGUGCCAUGUACCUCGACCGAAUGUACACGUGAUGCUGCCUGGGCGCAUAGAUCGCCCUCGACGUUCUGAACGUCGAGUCAAACCGACGAAGCGGCAUUCAAUUGCAGAGAAAGCGACGAACGAUGCAUUGCAUCUCGCAGAAAUGAUACAGAAUGGCAUUGUGCCAGUUAUUGUCGUCGAAAUGGCUCCGGGUCUUCUUCAUCGUUUUGCGUCAGUGGCCCUUGCAACAGAUGACAUGUUCAAGACAUUUUUGAAUGAAGAAAAGCUUAACUCGGACGAGCGCGAAUAUGUCAAAAAGCUUCGUCUCUGCAUCCAAGACGCGCUCGAAGUCGAUACUCCGCCACUUGCAGCGAGCACUGCGCCGUCUUCAUUUAGCAUCUCGCCUAAUACAACUUCGUCAUUUGCAGCCAGUGCCACGACUGCCCCAGUGGCCUCAUCAAGAGUCAUUUUGUACUCAAUGAAGGACCGGAAAUUCAUUCUAUGUAGUUAG